AUGAGUGGUUCUUCUCCUAACCUUCAAAAGGUUGGACAACUUCUUACCCAAGCCAAGAUUUCCUUGAUUGAGCUUGGUGCAUUUGUCCCUGUUGCUGGAAAGACCGAUCCUCAUGUCAUGACCACUGCACGUGAUAUUCUCGAGGUCGGUGCUUAUUACAGUGUUCGUAUCAAGGAUACUGCUUCAUUCGAAAGAUACAUUGCACAACUCAACACAUAUUACCAUGAUCUUGCAUCUGUACUUACACCUUCAGCUCAGAUGUACCCACUUAUUGGCGUCAAUUUGCUUCGUUUAUUAUCACAAAACAGAUUGUCUGAUUUCCAUACUGCACUUGAAAUUAUUGAUUCAGAUCAAUUACAAACUAACCCAUUCAUCAAGCAAGCUGUUGAUUUAGAACAAUUUUUGAUGGAAGGUAGUUAUAAUAAGGUCUGGAGCACAAGAAGCACCGUACAAGGAGAGGAAUUCAUGUUUUUCUAUGAUAUUUUGAUUGGCACUAUUAGACAUGAGAUUGCCAGUUGCAGCGAAAAGGCUUAUGAACACCUUCCUUUAAAUGAUGCCAGUACUUUAUUAUUUUUGAAGAAUACGGAGGAAUUAUUGAAUUUUGCAUCUGAGCGUGGUUGGAAAGUGAACCCAGCUGAACAAAAAGUCUAUUUCGGGUCUGAAGAUAACGAUGUUGUAGAGAUCCCUCAAGAGCAAAUCAUUACCCGUACAUUGGGUUAUGCUAGAGAGCUUGAACUCAUUAUGGCUGCAUUGCUCUUAUUCAUGAUGGUCUUUUUCGUCAUCAUGUUUUCCGAUUUAGAAUGUGAUUACAUUAAUCCUAUUGAUCUCUGUAACAAGUUGAACCAGUUUGUUUUACCAGAAAUGGGAGCACAUGCGUUUUUAUUCUUUAUGUUCCUUGUCAAUGGUAGCUGGAUUUCUUUAGUCUUUAACUUGCCCUUGGCUGCCUACAACGUGAACAAGGUCAUGAAAGGACGUCAUAUGUACGAUGCCACCGAGAUUUUCCGUACCCUGUCUCAGCACAAGAAGGAAUGUUUCAUCAAGCUCGGUUUUUAUUUGAUUGUAAGUUUCUAA